UCAAUGACGUAGCAACGAUUCACCGCGGACACCGCAGUUGCUUUGGGUCGCUCCACUUCACGUCGAACGUGAAGUUCACGUCAUUCACGUUGUGUCUCACACGCGACGACGUUAUAAAGUUGGAUAGUCAAUGAGCGGAGUGCAAAUCACCGCAAUAUGGCUCACCUUAUCAGAGAAACGGCGUUAUUUCUAGUUACUCAAGAAUGUAUGAAGGAGUACUUUGACGAUUUCAAUUUUUUUCACGUUGGAUGCUUCAAGGCGACUCUGAGCAAAUCUUUAGGAUUAGGUAUUAUUGCGGGUUCCUUGCUUGUAAAAAUACCACAAAUUGUGAAGAUUAUAAAAAAUAAAAGUGGCGAAGGAAUCAAUGUCUUCAGUGUGUUGCUGGAUUUAUUUGCCAUCAGCGCGAUGUCAUCCUAUAGUUUCAUGAAUAAGUUUCCAUUUAGUGCUUGGGGAGAUGGAGUAUUUUUGGGACUUCAGACUUUGGCCAUUGCAAUUCUAGUAAUGCAUUAUGGCGGUGAAACGAUAAAAGCAACCGCAUUCCUCGCCGCUUAUAUGGCUGUUAUCUUAGCCGCUAAUAGCGGACUAACACCCAUCCAUGUCCUCUGGGCAUGCCAAGCAAUGAAUAUACCCAUUGUUCUUAUUAGUAAAUUUAUGCAAGCCCACACAAAUUAUUCCAAUGGAAGUACCGGCCAGUUAUCGGCCGCGACAUGUUUCCUGCUGUUCUUCGGUUCCCUCGCGAGAAUAUUCACGUCCAUCCAAGAAACGGGUGACUCAACUAUGAUAAUAAUGUUCAUGUGUUCCUCACUGGCGAACGGCGUGAUAGUGAUGCAGCUUCUUUACUACUGGAACGUGGAUGUAAAAAAAAAAGAAAAACUUAGGAAGAAACGAUAGGGGAAAUAAAAUGCAGUUGUUUAUACGUAUAUGCGCGAUGGAUAAUCUACGCUAGAUAAUAUCUAAAAAGCUGUACAAAGUUCUGCAUGAAUACUAUUUUCUAAAGCCGAUUUCAGAGAUGAAUGCUUGGGAAUCACUUUCCAUGUGACAUCAACUUGUGUCCUUUUUUUGAGGAUAUUCGUAGGUGCAGUGUUCAUUGUGUGAUUUAAGUACUUCGAAACCUUGCAAUAGCCAAUAUCAUUUGGCAACUGGCGAAUCAGAGAAAUGAUAUUGCUUACUUCCUUACUUCUUGAAAAAAAAUAUAAGGUAUAAGGUGACAAUAUAUGCACAGUUUAUUAAGACUGUAUCGUUGAAUGCAUUACCUAUAUUGGAAACUUGUUCCGAUAUAAGACGCAGCAACAUAUCGCGUUACUUCUAAUAAGAUCGAUUACUAGUAAGCAAUUGUAUUUUAUAUUUUACAUGUCUUCUGUUACUUAUUGUAUAAUAUUGCGUCACAUUAUAUUGCAAAUUACAACUUGCAAAUUCUUCAUGUAUACUGUUGUCGAAUGAACAACUUAUGUAUUAAAUUAACAUGUGUAA